GCGCGGGUCCCGACAGAGGUCGCGGGGUGGUGGCGUCAGCGGCGGCGCCCUCCGCGUGGAAAUUAGCCGGUUGCCCGGGCAAGUGAGGGAGGAAGGGAGGGAGCUGAACACGGAAGUGGUGGCGGCGCCCAGGGAACCGGCGGAGGCGUAGACCGUGACGGCUGGGAUGGGACCGGAACGCCGAAGCGGGAUUGGGGGUGGCAGAAAAGCAUCUGCUUUGUAAGACCUACACGAGGUGCAGGACUGGUUGGGCCUCCCUUCUCCACUUAAGCAAGCGCCCAGAGUGAUGGCGAUGGUGAUGGCAGCAGUUACUCGGACAACCCCAUUUAAGCUGUGCUGCGGAAGGAGUUCAUCUGUUGUCUGCUCUCCAGUGACUUCCGUUUGUGGAGCCUAAGUGUUUCUACAGAAUCCAACUCGAGUAUCGCGGACUAUGAUCAGAAUGCUUUCAAGGAGUUUUUGGGCACAUGAUGGCAGAUACAUCCAGAAAGUGCCCAGAAGAAACUUUCUGCUGGAAAAAUUGAAAAAGCAGUAUUUAUAACAUUAGAAUUUGUGGAUAAUUUGUUAAAAUGGCAGAAAAUAAUGAAAAUAAUAGUAAAAAUGUAGAUGUAAGGCCCAAGACUAGUCGGAGCAGAAGUGCCGACAGAAAAGAUGGUUAUGUGUGGAGUGGAAAGAAGUUAUCUUGGUCAAAAAAGAGUGAGAGUUAUUCAGAUGCUGAAACAGUGAAUGGUAUAGAGAAAACUGAAGUGUCUUUAAGGAACCGAGAAAGGAAGCACAGCUGUUCAUCCAUUGAGUUGGACUUAGAUCAUUCCUGUGGGCAUAGAUUUUUAGGCCGAUCUCUUAAACAAAAACUGCAAGAUGCCGUGGGGCAGUGUUUUCCAAUAAAGAAUUGUAGUAGUCGGCACUCUUCAGGGCUUCCAUCUAAAAGGAAAAUUCAUAUCAGUGAACUCAUGUUAGAUAAGUGUCCUUUCCCACCUCGAUCAGAUUUAGCCUUUAGGUGGCAUUUUAUUAAACGACACACUGCUCCUAUAAAUUCCAAAUCAGAUGAAUGGGUAAGCACAGACUUGUCUCAGACUGAAUUGAGGGAUGGUCAGCUAAAACUAAGAAAUAUGGAAGAAAAUAUAAACUGUUUCUCACAUACCAAUGUUCAGCCCUGUGUCAUAACCACCGACAAUGCUUUGUGUAGAGAAGAUCCUAUGACUGGCUCUGUGAUGAACCUGGUUUCAAAUAACAGUAUAGAAGAUAGUGAUAUGGAUUCCGAUGAUGAAAUUCUAACACUUUGCACAAGUUCCAGAAAAAGAAACAAACCCAAAUGGGAAUUGGAUGAUGAAAUCUUGCAGUUGGAAACACCUCCUAAAUACCACACGCAGAUUGAUUAUGUCCACUGUCUUGUACCAGACCUCCUUCAGAUCAAUAACAACCCAUGUUACUGGGGAGUAAUGGAUAAAUAUGCAGCCGAAGCACUACUGGAAGGAAAACCAGAGGGUACCUUUUUACUUCGAGACUCAGCACAGGAAGACUAUUUAUUCUCUGUUAGCUUUAGACGCUAUAGUCGUUCUCUUCAUGCUAGAAUUGAACAGUGGAAUCACAACUUUAGCUUUGAUGCACAUGACCCCUGUGUCUUUCAUUCUCCUGACAUUACUGGGCUCCUAGAACAUUAUAAGGACCCAAGCGCCUGUAUGUUCUUUGAACCACUGCUGUCCACUCCUUUAAUUCGGACUUUCCCCUUUUCCCUGCAGCAUAUAUGCAGAACAGUUAUUUGUAACUGUACAACUUAUGAUGGCAUCGAUGCCCUUCCAAUUCCUUCUUCUAUGAAACUAUAUCUGAAGGAAUAUCAUUAUAAAUCAAAAGUUAGAGUACUCAGGAUUGAUGCACCAGAACAGCAAUGCUAGUAACAGGAUAGGAGCAUGGGAAUGAUAUAUAUAUUUUCUUUUAAUAUUUUGUUUUUCUUAUUAUGCUACUUUGAAUUUUUCUGCGAAGGCAGUGGUGUCCAAAAUAAAUCUCUGCCCUAAAUUUUACUUACAAAUCCAUUUUUUUAAUGAUACACAAAUUGUUUAAGGUUUUACACUAGAGCUUAAAUAGAUACUUUUAACCAGGUGUUUGGUUUUUGUUUUUACCUUGUAGGUUGUAUACUUACAUUUUUUCUUUCCUUAAUUUACACAUGAUCCAGGCAUAUUUGAAAUUUGGUAGGCAUUGCAAACACAUUUGAAUAUUUUAUAUUUCAUACUUUUCUUUAAAAAGUAAUCUUACAUCCCUUCCUACAUGUGAAAUAUUUUGUUAAUCUAUGCCAUUAGUAGUAGUAUAUGUAAACUAUAGUUACCCAUCCCCCUUUUCAUUGAGUUUGACAUUCUUCAGUAAAGCUGAAUGUUGUAAUUCACCAUUCAUACUAAUGUUAUUGACUUUUGUAACUUACUAAUAGGGAUGUUAAAGGUAACAAAACCAAGUCAAACUUGAUGUGUUUUUAUUUUAAAUAUUAACUCUAAAGCGGGAUUACUAAAUUUGAUUAAUCUGGUCAAUGAGAAUCAAAUGAAAACAUAAUGUUCUGGAGGUGCACUUACUUUUCUACAAUGUGGCCGGAUCAUUUGUCAUUUCUGAAUAGGUCUUUCUCUCAACCUGCAAGAGCUAAACCAUCUUCAAAACAUAAAUCUUGUUCCUUUCUCAUUAGAAGCUUUGAAAAUAAUGAUAACACUAUUAGUAGCUAUUAGUUACUGAAGUGCUAAAGUAAUUGUGGGGUUUUUCUGUGUUAGCUUAUGAACUGUUGCUUCUACUUAGCCCUUUUAUAGAAACUCUGAGCUGUUACUUUGGGGAAAUUCCGCAAUGUAUAAGCAGCCACAAAUUUCCACUGGUAACCAAAGAGUACCUAAGUAUUUUUUAUUAUUUUAAGUUGAACUUGAAUAAAGAUUCAAGAAAUAAACAUGGAGCUCAGUAUUCAGGAAGCUUAAUAUUGUUUUUGAUCUACAAGAUCCAAAUAAUUAUCCCUAUCUUCAGAAUUAACUUAGUCUUUAAUGUGGCUUCAAAAAAAGGGAAGCCUUUUGACAGCGGCAUGACUUAUGGCAUACAAAGCGGUACUGGACAAAAGGGGUGAUAUUUUAAAUUUACUCUCCCAGAAACAGGGCAACAUUUUUAGAAACAUCUUCAUCCCAAGGUAACUAGUAAAAAUAAAUGGAGUGGUAUCCUAUCUAACUUCUUUUUUUAAAGAAUCAAUGAAUAAUAAAUGUAGACAGACAAUUUUUCUUCUGGUGAGCUGUCUAACCCUUUUACAAAUUGACAUUUUUAAUGUCGUAAUGGAUUUCUUGAUGCUAGUUUAGCUAUAUUAGGAAACUGCUUCUACCUGGAUUGAAAGAAAUUUGACUCAAACUUCCAAGUUAGAACAAAUAUUUCUUCAUUAUUGUUGCUUUUAUGUGAGUAGCAUUUCCCUAUCUUGCAGUUCUGUUAAAAUGAAAAUGGCAUUUUUCCAUAAUAGCUUUAAAAUAAUUUUUUAGUAAUUAUUACAAAAUUAAAUAAGGAAAAUCUCUAUUACUGUUAUCUUUCAGCAUUUUUUUUUCUCAGUGAUCUCAAGAUUGUCUUAGUCUCAAUGAGAUGUAGCUACAAAAAUGGCACCUCUCUUAGCAGUGAUGAGGCUCCAGAUAUCAUAACACCAAUGCCAGGAUAAAUAUCUCUUCUAAAGACGGUAUUUACCUUUUACAAGGUUAGAAAAGUCUCAUACUACCUCAUCUUUAUUGUGGCGCUUUUGUAGAUCACUGAGAAGCUUAUCUUAUUAACAAAUAUACCACUUCUUAAAUAUCCAUCUUUGGUGAAAUAAAAUAGUGUGGUAAGACUACCCAUGAUUAUAGUUUUUUAUCAGAAUUUGAUAAGAUUUUCUGUUUCUGUGAAACAAUUAUUUUAAAUAUUUUUCUUUUAAAAAUAACUUUUUAUCAGUACAGAAAAACCUAAGGGAUGACUAGCUUACAAAUAUUCUGUUACGGGGUAGUUUUAUAAAGAAAAAUGAUAUAUAAUUAUGUUGUCUUUUAUAGUGUUAAAAUUAGUAUUUAUAUGAAAGUCAAGAUCUAAGUACCUUUUCAUAUAAUUCAAACUGAUUGCUUGUGAUAUGUUUUCUCUGGCUUUUUUUAUUUUUUCAACUUCAAGGUAUUAACAGCUGUUAACACUUAAAAGUACUGCCACAUAUGUAGCCUUGAAGUAGAUGAUCUAAUAAAUGAGAGCAGGGAAGAGAUUCAUUGACUCUGAAAUGAUUUUUAUUUUUCCUUUGGUAUUUGCUACAGUGAAAAGAAGUUUGGAAAGUAGAUAUAUAAAGACUUGAGAAGGGAAUUGUUUAAGGGAAAAGAAAAGAGUAAGAAUUGUUUUUAAAAUAUUAAGGAAUUGGAAUUCAGAAAGGUUACCCCCUUCCUCUGUGUCUUGUGAGGAUACAUUUGGAAGAACAUACAGUAUUCAGAAACUAACCUAUAUAAAAUGUAAACAGUAUAUUGAUUGCACUAUAUAAAUGAGUAAAUUUUAAGAGGAACAAUGUGGGAAUAUAUAAAUUUGUCUAAAAUUUUGUAACUCUGUUGAACAAAGGGAAGAUUUGAAAAGUGUAAAUUCCAGAGUUGAGAAAGUAUUUAGCAUGGUGGAAAUGUGGAGAGCUUAUUGGUGAGAGAGGAUGGAGCUAAGAGAAAUAAGAUCAAAUAUUAAAAUUAGGAAUUUAGGCAUUACCUCAGGGAAAAGCCUUGACAGUGAAAAGAAACUACUUAAUCGCUAAUAGCUAGUCUGGACCAGACACUUAACUGCGCUUUGGGAAUCAUCCUGGGCUAAUCAGGAAAUAAACUUGACUUUUCUAUUUUUCUCUGAAGCUUUACAGGACAUACUCCCACUCCCAUUUUUUUCGAAGCCUACAGCAUCUUGAUUCAUAGUAUAAUUCCUGAAGUAUGCUGAAUGGACUUUAAGGUUCCUUUAGCAUUUCUGUAUAGAGUUAUAUGUGAUCUUUCUAUAGCCAUGCCAUUCACCUAAAUAAUUCAUGAAGGGAAUGGUUUAAUUUAAAGGAAGACCUAAUAGGAAGAAGAUUAAAGGAAGCUUUUAGUCAGCCUGUGGCUAGAUUUAUUGAUUUGGUGAUCAAACCUGUGUUCUUUCCUGAAUUUCAGCUAAUGGCCAACUGUGGUCAAAGAAUGGCUUUCAGUUAAAGUUUUGACUUCUUAUUAUAAAUAAUAUAAAGAAUGUCUUAGUAAUUAGAAAUCCCUUAAUAAGUAGAACAAAUGUGGCAAGUAGGACUCCUGUCAGUACACAAAUUCCAUUUCUUUUUAUAAGAAAAACACAUAAACCAUUAUCAUUUAUUCAUGAGCCAAAGCCAUUAAGAAGAUAAAUCCAGUUAUCAGCUUCCUGUCUCUGAAGUUUGGAUCAUUUUAUAGAUCCACGCAAUAGAGAGCUUCCUUCCUAUGAAACAAAAACCUUGAGAUCUCUCUUUUUUUUUUUUUUUUUUUUUUUUUUUGGAGUGCAAUGGUGCAAUCUUGGUUCACUGCAACCUCUGCCUUCCAGGUUCUAGCAAUUCUCCUACCUCAGCUCCUGAGUAGCUGAGAUGACAGGCGUGUGCCACCAUGCCUGGCUAAUUUUUGUAUUUUUAGCAGAGACAGGGUUUCACCAUGUUGGCCAGGCUGGUCUCGAACUCCUGACCUCAGGUGACCACCCGCCUCGGCCUCCCAAAGUGCUAGGAUUACAGGCAUGAGCCACCAUGCCUGGCAGAGAUCUAACUCUUAUACUUAACUUUUCAUUAAAAUAUUUCUUGUCACUUUUAGCUAUAAUCAAAAUCCAAUUAACAGCUUACACAUUCAUUUUGGUAAAGCAAAUUUCACAGAAAAGUAGACAAAAUUAUAAGAGUUUCCUGGAGACAACACAAGGAAAACAAUGUUUAAAUGUAAAAUAACCUGUGUAAUGUUAGGUGAUGUAAUGCCCAAGUGAAUAAAAUAUUUUUAGCCAAGCAAACUACUGUUUCUACUUUAGAGGAAAAAAAGUCAGUUUUCCAUUUGUAUUUUAAGGAAAGAACAGAAAGCACAAAGGUUUUUCUUUAUUAGUGGCCUACUAGAAAUGAGCAGUGCAAGAGUCUACCUGUACUAUUCUAAUACAGUAAGAUAUUGGACACAAAAUGGAGGUAACUUUUUAAAAUAGAUUGGCUUGGAAGUUGAAAUGUAGAUUAAUGGAUAUAACCCAAUAGAAAGGGAUUUUAAAAUAAAGCCAAAGUCUAUUUUUUUAUUUACUUUCUAAUUUUGAACAGGUUACUCAGUCUAAAUCUUCUUUGCCUUUAUUUCCUAUAAAAUGUAGGUGAUACUUGUCACUCGACUUCCUGGAGGUUAAUUCUUCAGCAAGAGGUGACCCUGAGAGUAUACUUUAAAAUAAUUGCUGUACAGCCAUUGAGUACUAACGUGAUGAUAGGUUUUCAAAAUAUCUCUGUAGUGGACCCUGCAUAAUUACAUUCACUUCUCUUAGACUGUAAAAUACUUUCUUGACUUGUUUUAACAGUAGAGAUAGCAGUACAAUUUGAAUUUAUGGUUUAGGCUCUGCAAUUAGAGGAAUAACUGCAGUUUCCUCCUACCCUUCAUAUGGUCUGUGUAAAACUGAUGUUUGCCUAACUUAUUUUAAAAGUUGGUUACGUUUUCAGGAAAUAAAGAUAAUCACUUUUGCCAUGGUUAUAAUCAAAUCUAAGCUUUCAGACUUGAGGGCCAUGGUGUAAAACUCAAGGAGGUUUACUUAAAUUAUGCUGACUUUGCUAGAAUUGGAUAAAUUCUAUCUAAGCCAAGUAUGAGUUCACAUGUACUCAAAUAUGCAGUUUUCACAAAGCUAUUACUCUUGUCAAUCAGGCUUGUAUGAUUUAUUCCUUACCACGAAAGAAGUAGACAAUUGCCACUUUUAUUUCUAAUCCUUAAGUUGAAUGUUUCUUCUUGGAUGUAAGUUCAAAUAAACUGAUCUGGAUAAAUUUUCAUUUCUUCUUAAUUAAAACUUCCUAUGUAAAAUCCAAA